UCAGUUUUGUUUUGCUCUCUCCAAGACUGCAGUACUUACUUGUGUCGAAUUUGUUUUGCGUAAAUAAGUAAGUAAGUACGUUUACAAAUCGCGAAUAAAGCACAGCUGUCGCUGCUGAUAAAAAGAACGUGAAAUCGGAGCGGUCUCGCAUAUGCAUAAAAAAAUAAUCGCUACAACCUAUACAGCAGAUGUUUAUUGUUACUCCGAAAGAAUGCAACAAUAAACGAGGAUUAAUGUACACAACAGUAAUGAAGGAUGAGUAUAUUAAAGCGCAGGAUCCAGGAGUUCGAGGAGGUGCUCGGCGCAAAAGAGAUCGAAGAGUGGCAGCUGCGCCGGCUCUGUUUUAACGGUAUUCCGGACGAGGGUAGUCUGAGGCCCCUCUGCUGGAAGCUGCUGCUCAACUACAUUCCCAGCUCGAGUGACAAGUGGGACGAGACUCUGGCGCGUAAGCGUGAGCUCUACAAGUCCUUCAUCGACGAUCUUAUUGUCAUACCCGGUGAAUCGAAUUCGGAUACCGAUGGCAGGAUCGACGUCACCAGCGACGAUCAUCCCCUGAAUCUUGAUCCAGACAGCAAGUGGCAGGCCUACUUCAAGGACAACGAGGUGCUUCUCCAAAUUGACAAGGAUGUCAGGAGACUCUGUCCUGACAUAUCGUUCUUUCAGCAAGGCACAGAGUAUCCCUGCGAAGCUAUUGUCCACAGCAAUGGGCAAAAGAGACUGCACCAGAGGGUCCAUCACACCGUACUGAAGAGUGCAAGUGUUGAGAGAAAGGGCCUUGGAGUGACUAAAAUUGCUGUGUCUGCUAGAAAAGCCAUCGAAGAUUAUGCCCCUUUGGAAGGUGGAGAGGCACACUGGGAGGUCCUGGAGCGGAUUUUGUUCCUAUACGCUAAGUUGAAUCCUGGCCAGGGAUAUGUACAGGGUAUGAAUGAGAUUGUUGGGCCAAUUUACUAUGCAUUUGCCUGUGAUCCAGAUCAAAAAUGGAGAGAGCACGCUGAGGCAGAUACUUUCUUUUGCUUUACGAAUCUCAUGGCCGAGAUCCGAGACUUUUUCAUCAAAUCGCUGGAUGAAGCUGAGUUUGGCAUUAACGCCAUGAUGGACAAAUUAAUAAGUGAAGUCAAAUCCAAUUGUUAUGACAUAUGGCUGCGCUUGCACCAGCAAGAGCUCUGUCCUCAGUACUAUAGCUUUAGGUGGCUGACCCUCUUGUUGUCACAAGAAUUCCCCUUGCCAGAUGUCAUGAGAAUAUGGGACUCUUUGUUUUCGGAUGACAACAGAUUUGAUUUUUUAAUACACAUAUGCUGCGCCAUGAUUUUGCUCUGCAAAAACCAGAUACUCAAUGGAGAUUUUGCGGCCAACGUGAAGCUACUACAGAACUUUCCAUCCAUGGAUAUUCAGAUCGUACUGACCAAGGCUGCCGAAUUGGCGGAGAAAGCUUCCUGCUAGUACUAAAGUGUACUGUAUAAUAUAGAUUUAUAAGUGAAACUUAUUUUUUGAUCUACAAGAAUAAAUGCAUUUUUUCUAUCAUGUAUUUUUCUAAGCUCAUGCCUAGAAAAUUUGUAUGUU